AUGGUCGUCUCCGGGAAAACGGCUUCCAAUCGGAAGCAAGUGCACCCGCCCGCUGAGCCGCCGUCGUCGGUUAACCAAGGGAUGGACGGGCCCAAAGGAGCGAAGAAAAGAUCCCAUCUCAACAUGACAGGUGGGUUACCUUCAGAGAAAGCGGAGCCGUCUAACAAGAUUCGUACUCCGAAAAAUGAGGCCCACAUGCUUGUUGAUGUCAAGCCAACCAUUCCCCAAGGUCGAAAAUCAAAGACGGCAGGAUCCCUCCCGACUGCGUCGAAUCCUGGUAAUGUCGAUAAAGGUCCAAUAUCGACCGCUUCACUCAGAUCCAUGAAAUUCAAGAAGAGGACAUCUGAUGUUGCCGAAAGACCGACAGAUGCGAUAGGAUCUGGAUCAUCGAGCCACGUGCCAGCUAGCCAAAGCAAAUGUGCUACUAUCGUCAAAAAGAACCCCGAAGUCGAAGAUGAUCAGAAACUUAGCGUGAACAAGGGCGAUAUCAUUGUCAAGAAGGAGCCAGACACUGAAGUUAAUCAGGUCGCUAGUCAAAACAGAGAUGUCGCCAUGGUCAAGCAGGAACCAGACACCGAAGACCAUCCGGAUUUUGCUCAAAUGUCAAGAGAGCAGUCGAUCAUCUGGGCACGAGCCGUCGAAGCGGACAAAGCUGGAGACGAAGUGGUCGCGACUGCAUUAUAUGAAAGAUUCCGUGAGAUGGACAGCAGGAGACCAAUACCAAAGCAUAAUCCUUAUUUGCCCGGAGGAUCCAAAUACGGUUAUGACCCGAUCACUCACGAACGUAACCUCCCCGAACCUCCUCCGGAAGUGGAGGAGCCCAAACCUGAUUAUCGACCUCGUGAUAAUCGCCCCAGUAGCAGUGACAGAUUCGCCAGAAAUCCCAGAUACCAUGCAUGUUGA